UAGGCGUACAAAUCGAUUCAUUUGCAUCUGACCUAUUUAGGUUUCAUCCUCAACGCCGCCACCCCACUGCGUUUCCACGAUCAUGACUCCGGUGACGCCGGUGUUCCUUCCGGGCGAUCUCAUCGCAGAGUUACUUUCCUUCCUUCCCGUGAAAUCUCUUGUUCGAUUCAAAUGUGUUAACAAGGCUUGGAAAACCCUAAUAUCUGAUCCCACUUUUGUGAAAUUACACCUCAAUCGAUCAUCGUCAACACGAAAUCCACUCUUCACACUAGUCAUUCUGCACGUCCCAACAACCACCAUGGUCUACGGUAAAGUGGGUCGGGGUAACAGUGUCGUUCCUUACUCGUUAAACCGUUUAAUUCAAAACCCAUCAUUCACCCUUUCUGUCGAUCCGUACUAUCGUUUGACCGGUAGACAAAGCUCUUAUAUAAUCGGUACCUGCAAUGGUUUGAUUCUUUUGAUUGGCGGUGAUCUAUAUGGAUAUUUUCGGCUAUGGAACCCAACCACAAGAACGAUGUCUUACAAAUUUGGCCAUUUUCGCAGUUUUGACAGCCCUGCACACCACCGUUUCACGUUUCUUGGCCAUUACAAAUUCAGCUUUGGUCUUGAUAACUCUACUGAUACUUACAAGAUAGUGGCGUCCAAUUACAAUCCAAAUAUUGUAAGAAUUUGGAGUGUUGGACAUUAUGGUUGGAAAGAUAUUCAAAGUUUCCCUGUUGUUCCUGUCCAUUCCUAUUUCGGUGAAAAUGAUGUGCAUAAUGCUGUGUAUUUGAGUAGCACUCUUAAUUGGUUGGCUGUUCACAAUGACUUUGACUAUGAUAUUAAGAAUCUUAAAGUUGAGCAGUUUGUUAUUGUUUCACUCGAUUUGAGAACUGAGACAUACAAUCAGUACCGUCUGCCUCGUGAUUUUCAUGAAAUGCCAUCUGCUCUGCCAAUUGUUGCUGUCUUGGGGGGCUUCCUUUGUUGUUCCUAUUUUUACAAAGAAACCGAUUUUCUUAUAUGGCAGAUGAAGGAAUUAGGAAAUGAUGAAUCUUGGACUCAGUUUCUUAAAAUAAGGUAUCAAAAUCUUCAAAUAAAUCAUGACUACUUUAGUGACCAUGAAUUUAUCCAUGACACGGUAAAGUAUCAUUUUCAAUUGGUGCCGCUUCUUCUUUCAGAAGAGGCUGAUACACUGGUGCUUAAGACCAGCCAAGAAUCCCAUCCAAUUCUCUAUAAUUGGAAAGAAAAUAGAGUGCAGCGAACAAAAGUUACAACAAGUACUACUGUUACCGAUGAUAGUAGGAAUUCUAUACUGUGGUGCUCGGCCAAGGUUUACGUUGAAAGCUUGGUUCCAAUUUUUUGAGAGAUGAUACAAGCUUUGGCGGCACAACUACUUCAACAGAUGUUACUACAAGUUAUGAUGAAUCAUGAAUGGGAGAAAACAAAAGGGAGAACCUUUUGAUGUUUAGGAAAAAGAAAGAAAAAUCAAUAGCUAUCAUUUGGUUUCUAUGAAGAUUGUGUUAAGACUGUCCAUGUAACAUUACUCUUCUGCAAGAACUUUUUUUCUUUCUUUGUUGUGUUCUCUUCUCAAUACAUUUUAUUUAGUCUCUGAAUGGACUGAUAAAUCAUGGUUAGGAAUGCAAAACGUAUUAUGGUACAAGAUUGCUUUGAUGGUUGA